AGCUCUGCCGCAGGCAUUAGUCUCACCUGGCCACCCUGACCUUUCUCCACCGCAGCAUUGUCAGUCUCUUACCCGGGUUUGGAAGGCACUGCCCUGCUCAGUCUGGGGGGAUGUGGUGACCCUCAGGACAGCCUCCCCAGCGCCCAGGCCCUGUCCAGGCCCAGGAUGAAGGCUGCCUCAUCCUCAGGCCAGGGACCCCUGCCAGCCAGGCCACCCGCAACGGUGUGGGACGUGAGUGCCGUUGCCCCCGGCGGUCCAGCAGCAGGACAGCCCCGAGCAGCCUGGCCUAGGAGGCUCACCGCAGCCGUCAAGGGAUUCUGGGCCACCCGCCCUUCCUUCUCCACCUUCUACUUCGUCUUUGCCAUUUUUGUGGUGUCCACCAUCUUUCACUGCCACCAGCGCCUGGCUCUGGUGCCUGCGCCCUGGGCAUACUCAGCCCGUGUGGUCCUGGCCCCCAGACACCUGCCCCGGGAGGGCCUGUUCACUAUCAACUCCAAGGGCCGCCUGGGGAACCAGAUGGGUGAGUACGCCACGCUGUAUGCCCUGGCCAAGAUGAACGGGCGGCCCGCCUUCAUCCCGGCCCAGAUGCACAGCACCCUGGCCCCCAUCUUCAGAAUCACCCUGCUGGUGCUGCACAGCGCCAUGGCCAGCAGGAUCCCCUGGCAGAACUACCACCUGAACGACUGGAUGGAGGAGGAGUACCGCCACAUCCCGGGGCGCUAUGUCCGCCUCACGGGCUACCCCUGCUCCUGGACCUUCUACUACCACCUCCGCCAGGAGAUCCUCCAGGAGUUCACCCUGCACGACCACGUGCGCGAGGAGGCCCAGAAGUUCCUGCGGGGCCUGCAGGCCAAGUGGGCAGGGCAGGCGACCUUCGUGGGGGUCCAUGUGCGCCCGGGGGGACUAUGUCCGUGUCAUGCCGCGCGUAUGGAAGGGGAUGCUGGCCGACAGGGGCUACCUGCAGCGGGCCCUGGACUGGUUCCCGGCCUGCUGCCGCCUCCCGGUCUUUGUGGUCACCAGCGAUGACAUGGCCUGGUGCCGGGAGAGCAUCAACAGCUCCCUUGGGGACGUGGUGUUCGCUGGCAAUGGCCUCCAGGGCUCACCUGCCAAGGACUUCGCACUGCUCACACAGUGCAACCACACCAUCAUCACUGUGGGCACCUUCGGGGUCUGGGCCGCGUACCUCGCGGGCGGGGACACUGUCAACCUGGCCAACUUCACCCUGCCCAACUCCCCUUUCAACGUGGUCUUUAGGCCGUAAGCGGCCUUCCUGCCAGAGUGGGUGGGCCUUGUGGCUGACCUUGGACAGGCUGGACAGAAUGGCCUCUAGCCAGCCCUGCAUGUGCCUGGUCCUCAUCCUGUGACCCGAGGGGCAGUGAGUGGGGCGUGUGGGGCAUGGACUCACGGUCCCUCACGCAGUUUGGAUCCAGGCUUAUCUACUUCAUAGCUGAGUGAGUUUGGACAACUGACUCAACCUCUGUGCCUUAGUAUGUCAACCACAAAAUGCACAAACCACGGAACUAAACACCAGUAGCAGCUGGUGGGAGCUGAGCAAAUUCGCUUAGAGCCAGUGCCUUGUGACCGUGUGGGAGGCGUCGGCUGCUCACAUGUAUGCAGCACGUCAGGAGCACUGGCAUUGCUUUCCAAUGGAAACGCAGUUUUGACCUCUCCUUUCUGGCAGCACUGGUAGCACAGAGCCCAGAUAUUUUGCACUCACGUCCCAGGACGAAGCCAUCCCUGCCCUGAAGGAUAGAGGAACUCGAUUUUCUGGGCAACUAGGAAUUUUGGCUUUGGAGUUAGUGGGCCUUAUCACAAAAGAACGUGAGGGAAGGGCCGGGUGCGGUGGCACGCCUGUAAUCCCAGCACUUUGGGAAGCCAAGGCUGGUGGAUCACUUGAGGUCAGGAGUUCGAGACCAGCCUGGCCAACAUGGCGAAACCCAGUCUCUACUAAAAAUACAAAAAGUAUCCAGGCACAGUGGUGCGUGCCCCUAAUCCCAGCUACUCCGGAAGCUGAAGCAGGAGGAUAGCUUGAAUUGGGAAGCAGAGGUUGCAGUAAACUGAGAUCAUACCACUGCACUCCAACCUGGGCCACAGAGCGAGACUCCAUCUCAAAAAAAAAUAGAAUUCCAGGGAAGACAGGAUUUGCAGGGACACACCCAUGAGGAGGGAUUCCCCUGCAAUGGACAGGGAGAGGGGUUUAGGUGCAGGUGGCACCCUGGGCGCGGGGAAGAAGGGGUCACAGUGAGGGCAGAAAAGACACUCCUCAGAUCCUGGAAGCAGCAACCUGACCGACAGGGGCCACUAAGACCAAAUCAUGGCCAUCUCAGCAGCAGCGUUUGUGACAGUUACUGGAAAGAGAUACCUCACACCUGGCACUGCCUAACCCCCGAGAACCUAAUGCCACUCUGAGAAAGCUCAGUACGGGUGCAAGUUGGAUUAAGUAAUUGCAGUGCGAGUUUUCCUGUGUUUUAUUGGUGUAAUGCUCCUUUUGGACAUUAAAAAAACUUGACAUA